UAUGAAGGUGUUGCAAGGGUACAUGCACAGGGCCUGACUUUCCUGGAGUGGUUCAAUGAUGAUGUAUAUGCACAUCAUUGUAACAAUAACUUGUAUUAUCCAUUUUCAUCCUUUCAGGACUGGGAGCUUGCUAGUUUUCUACUGUCCUCAGCAUUGAGUAUGGUGGCCAUAGAUUGCUUCCUAGGGAUAGAACUGAUCAAAGCCUUACCGCUCUCCUUUCACACAGCAAAAGAGCUACGGGGUUGUGCUGAGCUUCUACCCUCUGGUCCCAAGUGGCAAUAUUGUGUUGUUUCCACCGAUCAUCCAAUGAAAAUACCUGUGCACCUGUAUUGGCAUGAUCCGCUGGACUGUAUUGAAUCCCUCUUCAAUAAUCUGAGAUUUGCCAAGGAUAUUGACCUCAUACCUGAAUGCAUAUAUACCACGGCGGAGCGUACAGUAUGGAUAUACAGCAAAUGGAUGACUGGCAAAGCAGCCUGGACAAUGCAGUCCAAGCUUCCAGAGGAUUCUACAUUGCUUGGUGUAAUACUUUCCUCUGAUAAGACCAAUAUCACGAACAUGACCGACGGAUGCAUUGCUCACCCCCUCCUCAUCAGUCUUGUCAACAUCAAGAUGGCAGUUCAAAACAAGGCAUCAUCACACGCUUUUCUUCUCACAGCCCUGCUUCCCAUCACUGAAUUUUUACAUCUGGUCAAAUGUAUGCAAGGUGUUCUAGAAGCUCACCUAAUCCAUCAGUGUCUUGACAUUAUCCUCAAGCCACUCAAGCAGGCUGCACGCAUUGGACAUAUGAUGUCAGACCCAGUCGGGAACCUUAGAUAUUCCAAAACCACCCUUAUGCAACUCAUGAGCAUCAAAUCUAUAUGUGACCCUCUAAAUGUCAAAGCAUUCUUCGCCGCAUGUGAGCCCAACCACCUCAGCAGUGUUGCUGAUCCAUUCUGGUGCAACUGGCCAUUCGCAGAUCCAAAUUUGUUUCUGACUCCAGAGGCCUUGCACCAUUGGCAUCGCGAAUCCUAUGAUCACAAUAUACAGUGGUGUAUUAGAAUUGUUGGCAUGGAGGAGCUCGACUUUCAUUUUUCUGUCUUACAACCACUCAUGACAUUCCAACAUUUCAAACAGGGUAUCUCAACGCUCAAGCAAGUCACCGGAAGAGUGCAGUGGGACAUACAGUGUUACCUUGUUGCUGUCAUUGCGAAUGCUGCACAUCCAGGUGUUGUCAUAGCUGUCCGUGCGCUAAUGGACUUCUGUUACUUAUCUCAAGCAGUAACCAUCAAUGAGAAGCAAUGUCAGAAGAUCCUUGAUGCUCUCAAGACGUUUCACGACCACAAACAUGAAGUUAUUGUGCAUGGUGCCAAGAGCAAAAACAUCCUCGACAGCUGGUACAUUCCAAAGCUUGAAUUGAUGCAAAGUGUUGUGCUGAGUAUCUAUAAAGUCAGUUCCCCUAUACAGUGGUCAGCUGACACCAUAGAACGAGCUCACAUAACUCUCAUCAAGGAUCCAGCAGAGUCUACGAAUAACCAGAACUAUGAUCCCCAGAUAUGUCAAUAUCUGGAUUGCAUCAAAAAAUGUCAACAUUUUCAUCUUGCGACGUCUAUUGCUCAGCAAUCACAGUCUCAGACGCACACUGCCACUGCUGAAUAUAGAGAUGAUUCGGAUGAUGGGAUCGAUGAUGAUGAGAAUGCCAAUGAAGCAGGUGAUAUCCAGGCUGCCAUUAGUGAUUUCUGGGGGACAGGACAUGUUGUAUCGAAUUUCUUCAAGAAGGCACAACUUGCCUCAUUGUCCACCAAAGUGCCCAGACCACUCCACACGUUCAUCGUUGGCUCCACUGCCAUAGAUCUCAAUUUUGACCCCUCGUUACAAUGCCAAGCUAUCAACGAUGUUGCUGAGAAGUUCUGUUUGCCUGACUUGCGAGCAGCACUCGCCAAUUACAUUCAACAGGAGGGUCAGACUGUUCAAAUCCUCCACAAGUUGACAGGACAACAUCAAGUGUCACCAACCAUGAAUCUUCCAUUCCAGCAUCUUAAUAUUUGGUUCAAAGUACACGUGCAGCAGAUGCCACGCCACAGCGGGUCAGCCCUCCUUCCUGCUCUGACAGUUAAUGUGUCUCCACCAGAUGCCAAUUGGAAGCAUGGCCACUAUGAUGCUGCCAUAUUUACUGUUGAUGGCACAGAACAAUGGCCUGCUAGCAGGCUUAAAGGACACGUUGUUGUUGAGGUUCGCCUCAUUAUGUUACCAGUCUCACCGCCAGGCAGAACUCUCCCGUGGGCUGCACAUUUCCUUACUUAUGUCCAACGUCUUGACAUAGUACCUCAGCAACGCAGAAUGGUAUUGGACCACACUAUGCAGAUGCAUGUUCUAAAAUGUGCUACACAUACAGGAGCGAUGCCUUUCGGGGACAUCCUUCCUCUAGAUCAACUUUGCUCCUUUGCUCACAUUAUUCCCCGCUUUGGUCCUGUCACUGACAUUCAUCUGACACCACAAAACAGCUCUAAGUUCGCUCAAUCAUUUUUGCUCAACAAGUACAUCAACAAGGAUUUUUACCAUACUAUCUCCGAGUCAAAUGCAGCGGUGUGGGGAAUUCCCCCACUGUAG